GCGGCGCUCCGUCGCUCUCCGGCUCGGAUGUCCUCAACAUAGGCUUCGGGAUGGGGCUGUUCGACGAGGCAGCGCAGGCCCUCGGGCCUCGUUCGCACACCAUCGUCGAGGCGCACCCCGACGUGUGGGCCAACAUGCACGCCCGCGGCUGGGCGUCGCGGCCGCGCUGCGCUCUCGUCUUUGGCCGCUGGCAGGAGGCGCUGCCUCGGCUCGGCUUGUACGACGCCAUCUUCUACGACACGUUUGGCGAGGGCGUCGCCGAGUUCGACGCUUUCUGCGCGGUGCUGCCCGCGCUGCUCCGGCCCGGCGGCCGCUUCUCCUUCUUCAACGGCUUUUGCGCCCACUCCGCCCGCCUGCACACCUCGUUUGCCAUGCGCACGAGCGCGUGUCUCGGCGUCCUCGGCCUGCGGUGCCGCUUCCAACUUGUGCCGUGCGAGCCACCGGGCGAAGAGGGGUGGCGCGGAGUGAGCGGGAGGUACUGGACCUUUGAUAGCUACAUGCUGCCCGUGGCAACUCUGGACGAACCGUCGGAGUGUCGCGCGGACACGCCGCCGGACGCAGAGCCAGGGGGCCGAGCUGAGGCUGCGCGCAGGCCCAAUGGUGCCGAUAAUGCGAGGGUUGCUGCGCAAGGUUGAUGUGUACUGACAGUGCAGGAUGACAGUGGUAAGGGUGACAGGGUGUGCGGUUAUAGCUGCGCGCAAGAGAGUCGACAAGAGAGGUGCGGGUGCGCAUUCUAGAGUGAUGACAGAUGAGUGUGUACAGACU